AUGGACGUGCCGGCGGGGACCCAGUCUGGCAGGGUGUGGGGCCGAACGGGAUGCUCCUUCAACGGCGGCAGCGGGAGCUGCCAGACAGGCGACUGCGGCGGCGCGCUCUCCUGCACGCUGUCCGGGCAGCCUCCCAUGACGCUGGCCGAGUUCACCAUCGGCGGCAGCCAGGACUUCUAUGACAUCUCAGUGAUCGACGGCAACAACCUCGCCAUGCAAUUCUCCUGCAGCACCGGCGUGACGCUCAACUGCGGCGGGUCCAGCUGCCCUGACGCCUACCUGUUUCCCAGCGACAACAACAAGACCCAUGCCUACAACGGCAACAGCAACUCCGAAGGUGACCUGGUAGUUGCUGUUGCCGCUGCAGGCAUGGGUCUUGGUGUUGUCGUUGAGAAAGAGGUAGGCGUCGGGGCAGCUGGAGCUGCCACAGUUGAGGGUCACGCCGGUGCUGCAGGAGAAUCGCAUGGCGAGGUUAUAGCCGUCGAUCACCGAGAUGUCGUAGAAGUCCUGGCUGCCGCCGAGCGUGAACUCGGCCAGCGUCAUGGGAGGCUUCCAGGAGAGCGCGCCGGCGUAGUCGCCCGUCUGGCAGCUCCCGCUGUUGCUGUUGAAGGAGCAGCCCGUGCGGCCCCACACGCGGCCGGAGCUUGUGCCGGCAGGGACGAACAGGCUCCACGUCUGCCCAGGGUCCAGCCGCCGGCCCCCGCCCACUGGGGUGGCUGCUGGCCACACCGUGAAGCCGCAGUUGUUCCUGAUGGUGAAGGUGGAGGCGCUCGCGCAGGCCACAGAGGUGGCGGCAAGGAGCAGCAGGAGGAUCGAGGACGAGGAGGCCGCCAUUGGUGCUAG